AUGGAUACAGUGAGGUUGAAUAGAGGUGGUAUGUUUUUUGUAUAUGGAUAUGGAGGAACUAGCAAGACCUUUGUGUGGAAAACUCUAUCUGCAGCUCUGAGAUCGAAGGGAGAAAUCAUGUUGAAUGUAGCAUCGAGUGGAAUAGCAUCUCUCCUUCUACCCGGUGGUAGGACUGCUCACUCCAGAUUUGCAAUUCUACUAAAUUUGAAAGAAGAUUCAACCUGCAACAUUAAACAGGGAAGUCCUCUUGCAGACUUAAUAAUCAGAAAUAGUCUUAUCAUUUGGGACGAGCCUCCAAUAAUGAAUAAAUAUUGUUUUGAGGCUUUGGAUAGGAGCAUGCGAGAUAUUCUAAGAUUUAGUAACCUAAUGAGUUCAGAAUUACCAUUUGGAGGGAAGGUAGUAGUCCUAGAAGGGGACUUUCGAAAAAUAUUACUUGUGAUUCCAAAAGGGGAUGAAACAAUUGGCAGUUCGAACGACGAUAAUGCGGUUAUUGAUAUACCGGACGACCUGUUGUUGAAUGCAUCAGAUGAUCUUGUUGCGUUAAUCAUGAAUAGCACGUUUCCGAACUUUACUUCUAAUGUCAAUGAAACUGAAUAUCUUCAAGGUAGAGCUAUACUAGCACCGACUCUUAAUGUUGUGGAAACUGUUAAUGAGUACAUGAUUUCACUUAAUGUAGCUAAGGCAAAUACAUACUUAAGUUCAGACACAACUUGCAAAUCAUAUUACAAUGUUGAUCUUUUACAAGAACUUCACACGCCUGAAUUUUUAAAUGCAAUUAGGUGCUCUGUGGUGCCAAACCAUGAAUUGAAGCUAAAAGUUGGCACUCCAGUUAUGUUGUUGAGAAACAUAGAUCAUUUCGUGGGGUUAUACAACGCACUAAGUUGGUUAUCACAAUAA